CCAGGAUUUACACAAGAGGGGCUGCAGGAAGGCAAACUCAGGGUGAGACAGCAGUGCAGAGAAGAAAGAAAGGAGAGAAAAGUUUGGUGAUGUCAAAGGGUAGACAGCCGGGCAGGAAAGUGAGACGUAAGUGAGAGAGAUAAGAGAGAGGGAGGGCAGAGUGAAGGUUGGUGGGUGGGAGGAGAGAGAGAUAGAGAGCACGGCCUGCCUGGCCUUUAGUCUUAACUCAGAGUUUUGUAACUUUCAGUCACAAAGACGGGGUGUCUGCAGUCACAGACAGAGCAUUCAUAAAGAGAAGAAGCGUGGUAGGCACUGUGUACAGAGAUGACUGGAAGCUCUGCAUCUGCUCACAGAGAAACUGCAGCAAAUGGACACAAAGCUUCCUCAAACGGGACAGAACUCAAGCGUGAGGACGGAAAGGUAGAACUGGGGAAGAAGGUGACCCUGCUCCGAGGCAUCUCCAUCAUCAUUGGGACCAUCAUCGGAGCCGGGAUCUUCAUCUCACCAAAGGGAAUCCUGAAGCACUCCGGAAGUGUGGGAGUGUCCCUGCUGGUGUGGAUUGCCUGUGGCGUGCUGUCCCUCUUUGGAGCCCUGUCCUAUGCUGAGCUGGGAACAUGCAUGAAGAAGUCUGGCGGGCAUUACACAUACAUAAUGGAAGCGUUUGGACCUCAGAUGGCUUUUAUAAGACUAUGGGCUGAUCUCAUUGCUAUAAGGCCUGCAGGCAUGGCGGUCAUUUCUCUGGCCUUUGGUCAGUACAUCCUGGAACCUCUGUUCAUGCCAUGUGGUAUCCCCCCCCUGGCUGUCAAACUGGCCACAGCCAUUGGCCUAACGUCUGUUAUGUACCUGAACAGUAUGAGCGUAACGUGGACAGCCAGGAUUCAGAUCUUCCUCACUGUCAGCAAGCUUCUGGCCAUUGCCAUCAUAAUAGUGCCAGGCAUGUACCAGCUCUUUAAAGGAGAGACCAGACACUUUGAGAAUGCCUUUGACCUGAGUAAUGUGCAGCUCUCUGGUAUGCCACUGGCUUUCUACUCUGGGAUGUACGCGUAUGCUGGAUGGUUCUAUCUGAACUUUGUGACAGAGGAGGUGGACAACCCUGCAAGGACUGUUCCACUCGCCAUCUGUAUCUCCAUGGCAAUUGUGACUUCUUGCUAUGUGCUCACCAAUGUGGCAUACUACACUGUAAUGUCAGCUGAGGAGCUCCUGGCCUCAUCAGCUGUUGCUGUGACAUUUGCAGAGAGGCUUCUGGGGAACUUCUCUAUCGCCGUGCCAGUAUUUGUAGCCUUGUCCUGCUACGGCACCAUGAACGGCUGCGUCUUUGCCCUGUCAAGAAUGUUCUACGUAGCUUCACGUGAAGGCCAGCUCCCUGAGGUUUUGUCUAUGAUUCAUGUCCGCAGACACACUCCACUUGCAGCUGUUCUCAUAAUGUACCCUAUGACCAUGCUCCAGCUGUUAGUUGGAGACAUCUACAGUCUGUUGAACUUCAUGAGCUUCCUGCGAUGGCUGUUCAUCGGUGUGGUGGUGCUGGGUUUGAUCUACCUCCGAUACACAAAGCCGGACCUCCCCCGCCCUUUUAAAGUUCCACUGUUUUUUCCGGUGGUGUUUUGCAUCACAUGUUUCUUCAUGGUCUUCCUGUCUCUGUACUCGGACCCUGUUAACACAGGAAUUGGAUUUGCCAUUUCCCUCACUGGCAUCCCUGCAUACUACAUCUUUAUUUACUUCAACCACAGACCAAAGUGGCUUCAGAGGACUUUAGAUUCCUUCAACCGAACCUUGCAGAUCAUCCUGGAGGUUGUCCCAGCUGACCAAUGACAGCACACAAGCAUUACAGCACCAGCACAAUCGGAUAAAUGCAGAUGUUUUUAAACUGAAAUUCAAAGUUAUUUUAUUUUUACUUAUUUGUCACUGAUCUUUGGGAACAUUGUGAUUAUUUAUGUAAAAGGAGAAGAAAUGUUGCCUUUUGCUUUGUACAACCUAUACAUUAUACA